AUGGCCACCAACUCUCGUCAGGCUGGCUACGCCCCUUCUGCCGGUUACAAGGGUCAGCAUAUGCUCAACGCCUACAGCCAAGCUGGUCAGGGCCACGGGACUACGCAAUACCUUCCUCGAGGUCUGCCUAUGCCCCCCAAUGGUGAACACAGCAUGCAGAGUCUGACGAACACCAUGGCAGCGCUUAACAUGCACGCUUCUUACGGCUCGUCUGCCACGUCCAAGUCGGCCAGCUCGGCCCUAUCCGGCAACUCAUCGGACUACGGCAACGCUCACCUUGCCCAGGGGCAGGGCCUAUGGGUUCCGAACCAGCAUGUCCUCGGGUCAAUGUACCAGGUCAUGCCCGGCGGUCAGCAACAGGUUGGUAUAGCGCCUUCCCACAACAUGUAUAGUCACGGCGGCGCAUUCGUUCCUCAAGCAGCCUACCAGUAUGGUCAAGCCAUCGCCGAACACAGCCCCAUGGCGCCAGGAUGGGCCUCUCGUAUGUCUUCGGGUGAGCUGCCUUCGCUCAUGACACCCCGCCGAGAUUCCGUGUCCUCCAACGAGAACGAUAUCCCAGGCACACCCUAUGGCAGCGGUGGCAUGUACCGCUAUGGAGCUGGCACAACCAUCAUGGAUCGCUCCCCGAGCGCCGUCUACACGAACAGCGCUACUCCAUCCCCAUCGCAGUUGGUACAUCCCUAUCAGCUCAUGGCGCCUGUUCAGAAGCAGCAGACUAUGCCGUCGUUGCCCCCACAUCUGUUGGCUCUGGUGCAUCAGGACCCUCCGAUCCCGCGAGCUAUCCCAGCUCCCAGCUCUCCACACAAGCCGCUUGACCGUAGCCUUGAGAACAAGACUGGCGAAACCAACGUUUACAUUCGAGGCCUGCUUCCGGAAACGGCGGACGAAAUGCUCCAUCUUUGGGGUAAGCGUUUCGGAGACAUCCAGAGCUCCAAGUCCAUCAUCGACCUGAAGACCAACCUAUGCAAGGGAUUCGGGUUCAUAAAGUACCACAACUUUGAAGAUGCAGAGGAUUGCAUCCGCGGCUUUCACUACCUUGGAUAUGAAGUCAGCUUUGCUCGCGAAUCCUUUUACUCCAAGCUCAAGAAGUUCUCUGACGAGGGCAAUACAAAUCUCUAUGUGUCCAACAUUCCCAAGAACAUGAAUGAGCAUGAACUGGCCAAUAUCUUUGCCCCUCACAAGGUCUGCUCGAGCAGGAUUCUCCGCGACACCUCUGGCACUGGCCGAGGUGUUGGUUUUGCUCGUUUCGAGUCUCGCGAUAUCUGCGACGAGGUCAUCAAGAACUUCAACAACAAGCCCGUCUCCAAGCCAGGUGGCGAGGAGCAUCUCAUCCAGAUCCGCUUCUCCGACACGCAUGAACAGAAGACGCUCAAGCAACAGACUGCUGCUGGACGCGUGUUCCGCGCCGCCGAGUACGAGGUCGGUGUCGCGCAGGCUAGGGCCUUGGGCACACCGGACCGUUACCACACGAUCUCUCCAGUCUCACAAGGCGCCUCGAAUGAGUUCGAAAUGUUCAUGCAGCGUGGUUAUCGCCAACCCUGGGCACCUGCAGUUCCCUCAACCCUCGGUCCAUCGCGUCCGUCAAUGUACCAAAUGACACAGGGCGGUGCCGUCAAGAGCGACGAUGGUGCAUCUGAUCAGGGCGCUGACAUGAAAACCAACCCCGCUACCCCUGUCAAGGUCGAGGACAAAUCUAGCUCCCCAGCCCGCCAUUCCGGCCGAGACGACUGA